AAAGUGCAAAAAUGGCACUCAAGAUUCAAAUAUUAAUUUUAUUUUUAAGUUCUUUUUUUGCGCUCGGUUAUAAUGAGAUUGGAAGAAAGACUCCAGCAGUUGACUCAGAAUUAUAUGAAAGUGUGAUUGAUGCAGAAGAGUGUCAUCGGCAAAUAAGGACGAUAAGAAGUAACCCCAUGUUGAUGCUUCAAUUUGCUGACGCUGGUAUAAGAACACCAAGAGGAGUAUUAACUGGAAAUUCAGUGGAUAUGGGAAACUACCACCAAUGUUUGGGCAUCGAUCAUCAACUAGAAGACAUGCAUAUUGAGGGCAAAUACUGCUCAAUCCUGGUUCCAGUCAAUCAGACACUUCAUUUACCUCGCCCUCAAGAUACUAUAUACUCACAAUUUGAUCCAUACUCCUUGCAAGUAGACAAUGAUACUAUGAAGUUGAUAGAAGAAUACUAUAAGACAAGAAGUGAAUUACAACUCUUGAGUGGAAAUUUUGAAGAAUUUGAGGAUGAUACUAGGACGACUCCUCCGAACCCUCUUAUUUGGAUGACGUUCAGAUUGGCUGUGUGCAUCCCAAAACCAUGCACAACUCAGCAAGCAAUAUCUUUAUUACUCUUCAACAUCACAGCCGUAGGAUUCCGUUACACAGAACAUUAUUGUCGCAUUCCCAAUGACAAACCAUGGUCCCCUGCAGAUACGGCUGCCGUAGUAAUAUUUUCCGUAAUAGGAUUUAUUGCUAUAAUAAGUACAAGCUACGACGUUUGCUAUCGUUUUAUACUGAAGAGAGAUGUAAAACAAAUGAGUACCCUUGGUCGAUCAUUUUCUUUUUACACAAAUGGGCAACGACUGACAACGUUUAGUUCCAGUGGUGGGAACUUACAAUGUAUUGAUGGGAUCAGAACUCUCGCCAUGCUGUGGGUCAUUAUAGGACACACGUUCAGUACGGAAUCGUUCAUAGCGAACCCUGCUGACGCACAAAUUUGGAUGUUUUCUGCUGAAGCUUUAUGGAUUACUGCGGCCACUAUGACUGUAGACACAUUCUUUACUCUCGCAGGCGUGCUUUUAGUUUACACAACCGCAGCAAAAAUGAAUCAACUAACGUUUCUCAAGAAUCUCCACUGGUUCUACUUGGGGCGUUACAUACGGGUGACGCCAUUGCUUGCUGCCCUUGUACUUGUUCAGGCUUCAUUCCUGAAUCAAUGGUACGAUGGUCCUCAUUGGUCCACCGUCAUAGCACACACAGAGAAUUGCAGGGAACAUUGGUGGUCUACCUUGCUUCAUGUUCAAAACUUUGUCCAUCCACGAAAUAUGUGUAUCGCACAUUCCUGGUACAUGGCCAUAGACUUCCAGUUGUACGUGCUGUCACCUUUAGUCCUGAUCUGGGUCUUCAGUGGAAAGAAACUUCAAGCUUGGAUGGGAUUAAUCGGUGGUCUAGCAGCAGUGUUGAUAGGAUCCACCAUUUAUAGUUUUAAUAUAAAUCGACAGGCUGGAAAUCUCGUGCCAAACCGUUUCGCAGAAACGAUGGACUAUUUAGUUGAAUAUUACUUCCACACUUUGGCUCGAGCUUCUCCAUUCUUCGUGGGGAUGGUAUUUGGAUACGUUCUUCACCUCUACCGCAAGACCAGGUUACAGAUGCCAUGGUUCCUAGCCGUUUUCUUUUGGGCGUGCUUUGCUGGUAUACUAGGAGGUAUCUUCUACUUCAAAUACAGAAUCAAACAGUUCGACUGGGAUAACCAACUAGUGGACAAUCUGAUGAACUCAUUCAUGAGACCUGUUUAUGCAGUUGCCAUAUGUUGGCUGAUCAUUGCUUGCGUUCAUGGAUAUUCUGGUCCUAUAAAUUGGUUCCUAUCGCUUGAUGAAUGGCGAUUGCCAGCUCGCCUGUCUUAUGCGAUGUUCCUAUUCCAUUACCCUCUCAUGUUCACUUUAAACAACACUGCGGUGUCUCCAUUCUACUUUUCGGUCGAAAAUUUCGUAUUUAAGUUCCUGUCAUAUACCGUACUGUCUGCGGCCGUAUCAUUCUUCUUUGUUUUACUGAUUGACUCUCCGAUAUCAGUUCUCUUCAAAUUGUUGAUGGAUUCAGUUAAUAAACCGCCAGCCAAAGUUGAAAUCAAUGGUGACAGCAGUGCUCGUAUUCGGAAGAAUGUACCUACAGACUAAUAGAGUAAUUAUGGAGUUAUUAGUAAUCUCUAAAGUAGAUUAAAUAUAUCAAUUCUUUAUAUGUUUAAGGAAAAACAGUUCAGAUAGAAUAUCACGGAUCUUUAUUCUGAGAUGACAAUGGUACAAAUAGAAUAAUGCUUAAAAAUAAUUUUAAAUACUCACCCUUGUUCUUAAUUAUAUUUAAGUAAAAUGAAUCUAUAUUUAAGUGUAUUUAAAGUUAAAGUUAGAGCGUUCAUUACACAUUAGUUAAUGACUUAGAUCAGUUGUUCCCAAAGUUGUCUGGACUACGACCUAUAUAAAUCAAGUUGCCAAACUCAGGACCCACUUUCAGACAAUUAAACCGAUACCAAUAUGAAAAAUAAAAUACAGAUCGGUUGGUUAGUGCGUCUUUUUACACAAAAGGUCCACUAAAAAUUUGCUGACUGCACGGUUGGCGCGGUGGCUGGGCAACCGGCUGCCGCGCAACGUGUAGUAAAUUCGAUUCCCCACUUUGUGUGAUCCACAAAUUAUUGUUUUGGGUCUGAGUGUUAUGUGUAUGUGAACUUGUAUGUUUGUAAACGCACCCACGACACAAGAGAAAAUUGUAAUAAGGAGCAACGUUUUUUAAAAAAUGAAUGAAAUGAAAGCUAGCGCCCUAUCAUUGGAUGGCAACACAUAUUUUGGGAAACCUUGAUUAGAUAUUAUUAUUAAUAUAGUAAGUGUGUGUGUAAACUAUGUAUGUAAAUCUAGGAGACUUGACAACAAAGAUAAUGUUGUUUUCAUUAAAUAUUUAGAUUUUUAUCUCUAGGUAUUCUUCCACGUCCGAUUAUUAUUAUUGCCUACUAAGUAUUAACUUUGACAAAAGAUAACAAAGAAAGAUUGAUUGUGAUAUCAACAAAGCACACUACUGAUGUAUUAGGUCAAAUAAUUUAUUAAUGUACAUACAUUUAUACGACUUUAGUUAUACGUAUGAUUUGUAUUGUGUCAAUGAGAAAUAAACGCAUUAAUGAAAGAUA